CUGUCUGUUUUCCUUCCUACGCAAAUGUUCUCGAUAUUCUUUUCAGUGCUCUGUUCUUGGUUCGCGUUCUUUCUACCAUGCUAUGCCACGUACAAAACCCUUUCACAAAGGCCAACUAUAGAGGCCGAUGUGCAGAAAUGGUGCAUGUACUGGUCGGUCGUGGGCGCAUUUGUCGGCUUUGAACAUGUUGCUGGAUGGCUCGUUAGCUGGUUGCCCUUCUACUGGGAAAUCAAGACGGUCUUUCUACUCUUCCUGUCGCUCCCCCAGAUCCAGGGAUCCACCUUCGUUUACAAUUCUUACAUGCAACCCUUCUUCGCCAAGAACGAGAGAGAAAUCGACGCGGGUAUCGUCUCCAUACAGAGCAAUGUUCUCUCAUUUGUUCAGUCUCGUCUCUAUGCGUUGUGGGAACUACUCUGGAGCGUUUUGAGUAAGACUCCAGUUAGCCAAGGUAAUAUCAAUGGCGUUCAGCAGACACAACCCGCUGCACCUGGAAUAUCUCUUGAUUCUGCCAUGGGUCUGUUCAAGACUUAUGGCCCUUCCUUGUUGAACUCCCUGAAGCCUGCUGCUACUCCUAAUGGCUCUGCACCCACUCCACCUUCUUUCACUCCUACAACCUCCAGUUCUUCAGUAUCUACGAUGUCUGCUCAAAGUGGAACUCCAUUGAACGAGGGCCCUCAUCCACCCUUCCCUGAGCCUGUUCACAUGUCUUAGGAAAUAUAGACCGAGAAUGUAUGUACCUUCUUUAUCGUUAGUUUGAAAGGAGACG